AGACAUUCUCAUCCCCAUCCCACUCCGCAUGAAGCUCCUGGCUUUCCUGAGUGUGCUGGCCUUGGUGCCGCAGGAGACAGGGGCAGCUUCUUUCUCAACGAAGGAGAGGAAGAGGAGAGAGGAGCAGAUGCCUGAGGAAGGCGAUGCCUCUGAAGUUCUGCCUCUGAGCCCAGACAACUAUGGUGAGGUCAUUGACCUGAGCAACUUCGAGGAGCUUACGGACUAUGGGGACCAGCCCCCCGAGGUUAAGGUGACUAGCCUGGCUCCCGCAACCAGGAUCAGUCCCGCCAAGAGCACGGAGGCUCCAAAGACACCCUCAUCAAAGCCCACAACGAGCAGACCUACUACAGCGGGGCUGAUACUGAGUUCCCAGCCCAACCACGGCCUGCCCACCUGCCUGGUCUGCGUGUGCCUCGGUUCCUCUGUGUAUUGCGACGACAUUGACCUAGAGGACAUUCCUCCUCUUCCCCGGAGGACUGCCUACCUGUAUGCCCGCUUCAACCGUAUCAGCCGUAUCCGGACGGAAGACUUCCAAGGGCUGACAAAGUUAAAGAGGAUCGAUCUCUCCAACAACCUCAUCUCCUACAUCGCUAACAAUGCCUUCUGCCUGCUGCAUGCCCUCCGGGAACUCAUCCUCCGAGAGAACCGGCUGGAAGCUCUGCCCGUGCUUCCCACUGGCAUUGAGAUCCUGGAUGCCCGACUAAAUCAGCUGCGGAGCUCGGGAAUACAGCCUGCAGCCUUCAGGGCGCUGGAGAAACUGCGGUUCCUCUACCUCUCAGACAACCUGCUGGAUUCCAUCCCGGGGCCUUUUCCCCUGAGCCUGCGCUCUCUACACCUGCAGAAUAACCUGAUAGAUACCAUGCAGAGAGACGUCUUCUGUGACCCCGAGGAGCACAAAUACACCCGCAGGCAGCUGGAAGACAUCCGCCUGGAUGGCAACCCCAUCAACCUUAGCCUCUUCCCCAGUGCCUAUUUCUGCCUGCCUCGGCUCCCCAUCGGCUGCUACACCUAGCUCAGACCCCUUCCACUCAUCCCAGGUCAUCUCUUG